ACACACAGCAACACAACUUAAAGCAGCAACACGACGACACAAACACCGUGUCUGCCGACAUCACAACACCACGAGGAAAAGUCAGAACAGUCGGACGGAAAACAUGAACAAAAACAGCUUUGAUAGAACAGAGAGGCAGGUACACGUGUGUUCAGGUACAGGUGUGUUCAGGUACAGGUGUGUUCAGGUACAGGUGUUCAGGUACACGUGUGUUCAGGUACACGUGUGUUCAGGUACAGGUGUGUUCAGGUACAGGUGUGUUCAGGUACAGGUGUGUUCAGGUACAGGUGUGUUCAGGUACACGUGUGUUCAGGUACAGGUGUUCAGGUACACGUGUGUUCAGGUACAGGUGUGUUCAGGUACAGGUGUGUUCAGGUACAGGUGUGUUCAGGUACAGGUGUUCAGGUACACGUGUGUUCAGGUACAGGUGUGUUCAGGUACAGGUGUGUUCAGGUACAGGUGUGUUCAGGUACAGGUGUGUUCAGGUACACGUGUGUUCAGGUACAGGUGUUCAGGUACACGUGUGUUCAGGUACACGUGUGUUCAGGUACAGGUGUGUUCAGGUACAGGUGUGUUCAGGUACAGGUGUGUUCAGGUACAGGUGUGUUCAGGUACACGUGUGUUCAGGUACAGGUGUGUUCAGGUACAGGUGUGUUCAGGUACAGGUGUGUUCAGGUACAGGUGUGUUCAGGUACAGGUGUGUUCAGGUACACGUGUGUUCAGGUACAGGUGUGUUCAGGUACACGUGUGUUCAGGUACACGUGUGUUCAGGUACAGGUGUGUUCAGGUACGGUACCUCUCAGGAUCCUCUCCUCAUGGCAGCGCAGAAAGUCCCAAAUCCUGACGGUUCCGUCGUCUGAGC